AUUGAAGAGCGCCGCCCCAAGCAGAAGUAGCAGGCGGAGAGAGAGGGGGAGCUUCCCUUUCGGGCUUCACCCACACCCAGUGCCGGACUCCCCAAUACGACCGCCCAACCAACACAAAGAAGAAGCAGCUUGACCUUGACCUUGGGGUCGGCGACGCAGCCGGCGGCGGCGGCGGGGGCGAUCUGUCCACCCAUGGACACGGACAUGGACGAGUUCAGCAACCCAGGCUGCGGCGGGACGGGCGGCGCCGGCUGCGACUGCCGGGACUGCGAGGACUACUGGAACCACGACCACGGCCACGCCAAGCAGUUCCUCCUCUUCGCCUCCGACCACAAAGAUUUUCUGUGCAUACCGUGGGAGGUCAGAAGACAGCUGAGAAAUGUGAUCACCGAUGGCGAGCCUAUCAAACUUGAAGCUCCCGAUGGCCAGAUGUACAGUGUUAAAUUCGUCAAGUUCGGCCUGAUAACUCUUACGACUGGCUGGCGGCGCUUUGUGAAUGCAAAUCGCAUACGACAAGGUGACCCCAUCUUGUUCGUCUACUGUGGGAGCUCCACGUUCAAGGUCCACAUAUGCAGUUCAUCCAGUCACAAGAAUUCUCUGCCCUGUUCUCAACAGCCUCCCAACAUCCUUAGAGCUGUUCCUCCUCAUGAUCGUCAUGUGCUGAAUGAACAAAUGGUGCCUGGUCCUGCACAUGUUGGCUAUACCAUAUCCCUUGGGACCUGGCUAACCAAAGAACAAAAGAAGAAAGUGCUAGAGCUAGCUGAUAGCAGCAUGAGGUCUGAAAUUCCUCUGCAUGUGGCAGCUAUGAUCAAAAGAAAUGCCAACGAGGACUGCUAUGUUUACAUACCGUUGAGGCUUUUGGACAAUUUCAAAGAGGGGGUAACUGAAGCUGCCAUUCAGCUUGAAGCCCAUGGCAACGACAUGGUAUACAGUGUUGGCACAAGCAAGCACAGUGAUGAUCAAGUAAUCCUCCAAUCUGGGUUGAGUCAUUUUGUAGCUUCUCUCCGCAUACAAGACAACGACCUCCUCGUCUUCAGAAACAAGUGGAAAGACCGCCUUGAAGUUCUUGUCCUUGAUCCGAGCGGCUGUGAGAAAACUUGUUUUGCCAUGGGAAACUCUUCAAAUGCUCAGGAGAUGGCUUCGACAUCCUCCCCUUGUACUAAGUCAGGAUACAUCGCUGGCAAGUCGAAUGAAACAAGUUCAGAAGCUCCUAUGUCCAACAAGUCCUACAUAUUACCCGAACGGAAGAACCUAACUAUGCAACAAGAGAAGAAAGUAAAGGAGAAAGUCCGGUCGAUAGGAUCUGAAUUCCCUGUGUUUGUGAAGGUGAUAACGGCACGCGAUUUAUCGAAGCCAACAAAGCUGAAUUUCUGCGUGGAAUAUGCUUCGGCGUGUCUCCCGCUCGAACAAACACCUCUCCUACUUGGGCUGGCGGGCAGCACGAUGCAGUGGCCUACAAUGCUGACCGUCAUGGAAUAUACGAAUUGGAGGAUGAUUUCCUUACUCUGGAAGGACUUUGUCUUGCAGACCGAGAUGAAGGCGGGAGACAUCUGCCUCAUCGAACUGGCAGACAGGAGCAGCAAGAGCCUCAAGAUGAUGGUCCAUCUGAUCCGCAAGUCGGAAAUGCAGCUCUAGCUCUUAACAAGCAUCUAGUUAGUGGUCUCUUUGUGUGUGGUCUGUAGUAUGAUGACUUUUAACUCAGCUGAUGUAUGCAUUGCUUGAUGAUUAUUUGGAACAACCUGAUGUUAAGCAGGUCUCUAAUGUGUAAUGUAAUCUGGGGAAACACUGAACCCUUGACCCACCUCUAGCACUGCUGCUGCUGCUGAUGAUGAUUAUUAUUUUUUAUUUGAAGACAGAUUUUAUUUUA